AUGGAGGACUCCAUCGAGGUAAUGCUCCAGGAGCACAGUACAACACUCCUCUACAGCUACCAGAACAACAACUCUGUUACCCUGUGGAUGUUGGCCAUCUUAAUUGGGGUCUACGGGCUGUGGGCCAUGUUUGUGAUGCCUUCGUCUUCUUCUUCUUCUUCAGUGGGUUUUAUGGCGGACUACAACCCAAAAAGGUGUAUUGCCGCCACCAACUGGACGGGUUGAAACCAAAACAAGGUAAAAAGAAAAUCCAUACGUGAUAGGGAAACUUAAUCCACCCAAAUAAAAAUACAAUAAUAAUAAUAAUAAUAAUAAUAAUAAUAUGCCAUUUAGCAGACGCUUUUAUCCAAAGUGACUUACAGUCAUACUACAUUGACAAAACAAAACAAAACAAAACAAAACUCCCACUUCUUCUUUCUUUCAAUUCUCCAUAUCUCCCUUCUCAGUCUCUGAGAGGGUGGUACGGCUUGUGACAAUAUUCCAUGUCAAAUCAAAUCAAAUCAAAACAAAUGUUAUUUGUCACAUACACGUGUUUAGCAGAUGUUAUUGCGGGUGUAGCUAAAUGGUUGUGCUUCUAGCUCCGACAGUGCAGUAAUAUCUAACAAGUAUAUUCUAACAAUUUCACAACAUAUACCCAAUACACACAAAUCUAAGUAUGGAAUGGAAUUUAAGAAUAUAUACAUAUAUGGACAAGCAAUGACAGAGCGGCAUGGACUAAGAUACAGUAGAAUAUUAUAGAAUACAGUAUAUACAUAUGAGAUGAGCAGUGCAAGAUAUGUAAACAUUAUUAAAGUGACUAGUGUUCCAUUUCUUAAAGUGGCCAGUGAUUUCAAUAGGCAGCAGCAGCCUCUAAUGUGCUAGUGAUGGCUAUUUAACAGUCUGAUGGCCUUGAGAUAGAAGCUGUUCUCUCGGUCCCAGCUUUGAUGCACCUGUACUGACCUCGCCUUCGGGAUGAUAGCGGGGUGAACAGGCAGUGGCUCGGGUGGUUAAUGUCUUUGAUGAUCUUUUUGGCCUUCCUGUGACAUCGGGUGCUGUAGGUGUCCUGGAGGGCGGGUAGUUUGCCCCCAGUAAUGCGUUCGGCAGACCGCACCACCCUCUGGAGAGCCCUGCGGUUGCGGGUGGUGCAGUUGCCGUACCAGGUGGUGAUACAGCCCGACAAGAUGCUCUCAAUUGUGCAUCUGUAAAAGUUUGUGAGGGUUUUAGGUGCCAAGACAAAUUUCUUCAGCUUCCUGAGGUUGAAGAGGCUCUGUUGCGCCUUCUUCACCACACUGUCUGAAUGGGUGGACCAUUUCAGUUUGUCAGUGAGGUGUACGCCAAGGAACUUGAAGCUUUCCACCUUUUCCACUGCGGUCCCGUCGAUGUGGAUAGGGGGGUGUAACUCCUUCGCUGAGAAAUCUUUCAGCCCCAGGAACUGCUCCGCUGCUUCCACAAUGAUUUAUAUCUUCCUGGACCUUCUCUCCACCUUGGCAGUGCCAUUUAUCACCAUAGCUAUAAAGGCCACAAAGUCCACCUUCUUAACCUUUAAAAUGUCAGGAUCCUGCUGGUGAAAGGCAACCCCUGCAGCCUGCAGUGAAGGCCUAUCCACCACCAUGGACUCUUCAGGAGCACCUUUCAAACCCUCAACCCUUUUAACAGCUGCUGCAUAUGAUAUGCUCUGGAUAGCCCUGACUUUGGUCACCUCAUUCUCUUUCACCCUUGUGGGGCAUUCGAAAGACGUGGCUUCAUGGUUCCCACCACAAUUGCAACAUGUCACAUUUUCAUCAUUUUUAUAACACAUAAUAUGAUAUUUAACAUGACAUCUCGGCUUCUCCCUUCUGCAAACAAUUGAAACAUGUUAUGUCGCACAUGCAGCUAACAAAAACAUAUGGAAAUGUCUGCUCUACCCAAAAUUACAACCAAAUAAUUGCAGCCUUACCGCAAAAAUGGAAGAGGAAAGUGGAAGGGGGAGAAAGUAAGGAACUUGUCUGUCGGCCUUGCAUUAAAGAACAUAAUUGGUUAAAGAAAACUGUGAUAAAUAAAAAAGUAUACCAGUUUCAUUUAAGGACCAAAGGAUUGACAGCCGUCCCAUAUAGAUUGCAAAAUAGUUGGGAAGAGAUUUUUGACGUACCGAUCCCAUGGCAUAGUGUUUAUGAACUGAUACGCAAAACGACACCGGAUUCAAAACUUAGAAUCUUUCAAUUUAAAUUAUUAUAUAAAAUUAUUGCUACCAAUGGAAUGUUAUUUAUAUGGGGGAUACAAUCUUCCCAGCUCUGCAGAUUUUGCUGCGAAGAGACAGAAUCAUAAGAUCAUUUGUUUUGGUACUGUCCAUUUGUAGCUUGUUUUUGGACACAGGUCCAGGAAUGGCUAAAGGAUUGCAAUAUUUACCUGGAGCUAACCUUGCAGAUAGCAUUACUGGGUGAUCUGAAAAGUCAUAGUCAAUCGAUCGAUAAUAUAAUAAUACUUUAAGCAAUUUACAAUCUGUAGAAACAAUGAGAAUAGAAAGGUUCAGAACUUUUGUAAAACAUCACAGUACAGUUGAAAAAUAUAUGGCAAAUAGAAAUCCUAUAUGGAUGGUGUUAAGAGAUAGAUGGGUGGUGUUGAAUGGAGUUGAAGGAUGGGACUAAUAACAACUAACAACAACUAAUAACAAGAUAACUAAUAAAGUAAGCAUACUGUGUCCAUAAUAAGUAUAUAGGUUGUAGGUUGGGAGCUUUUGUGAAAGAGCAGAGUUAGAAAGAUAUGGCAUAUAGAAGCAAACCGGAUGGACAUCAUGAAAAUGAUCGGAGAGGUUGAGAAUAGAAGAAGUUCAGGAGAAAAAACAAACAAAAUAUAAUUAUUGUAAAAUUGACUGUGUCCAUAAAAUGUAUAUAGUAAGUAUAAGCUGGAAGUAGAGGCCUAAGCAUUGUUGUUCACUAGUUUACUCCAAUUAGGGAAAGGGUGGUGGGGUUGGAAAGUAAUAAAGGGGAGUAUAUAUUUUUUAAAGGAUAUGUAUGUAUGUAUGUAUGUAUGUAUGUAUGUAUGUAUGUAUGUAUGUAUGUAUGUAUGUGUAUGUGUGUGUGUGUGUAUGUAUAUGUGUAUAUGUAUGUAUGUGUAUAUAUAUAUAUAUAUAUAUAUAUAUAUAUAUAUAUAUAUAUACAUACAUACAUACAUAACAUGGGGGAUUGGAAGUGAUGCAGACAAUUACAUUGAUGGAAGUUACAAUCUAUCUGCAAUAUUAAGCUGAUCUACCCCCUAAAAUAUAUAUAUAUAUAUAUAUAUAUAUAUAUAUAUAUAUAUAUAUAUAUAUAUAUAUAUAUAUAUAAAUAAAAAAAUACAAUUGAAACAUGACCAAAAGCUUUACAAUGAUCACACUGCAUUGGUUUUGGGAUAAACACUCUGACUGUAGUUAAUAUACCCUAACUGCACUUGAGUAGGGAGAGACUCCAUAUCAAAAAACAAAAGAACAGAUAGACUCUUCACUUUUUCUUCAUUCACCACACGAUUCAUCCGACGUGCAUCAAUCACUCCAGGAAUAUUUUUCAUCUCUUCAACAUCUACUUCUCAUGAGACUCCAGAUAUAACCCCCUUGAGGAGUGCCCUGUUCCUAAGAAACACACACGACACUUAAAACGUAUCAAAUCGGGUGAGACUCAACACACGUUUCUUCUGAUCCUCAGAAGCACAAAAAAUCUAAACCAGCCCGCCUCUCGUGAUCCUCACAGCCUUCACUCUACCCAGCACUCUCUCCACCAGUUUGGAUAUCUCAAAUGGAUUCCUCAAGAUUGGUAAUUAGAUCAGCUGCUCCUCAUGAACAAACCGUACUCCUACUAGAUAUGAAAUGACAUUCUCAUCACAUACUCUACUUUGCUCCAUUUUCCAUUCUUUUGGAAAAAAUUCUAAUUCUCCUUGAUUCUAUCGCCAUUAGAUUCAGAUUCCACUUCCUCAUCCGCUUCCGCCAUCUUUUUUCAGUCCGACGUUCCUCGCUGUCUAGCCAACCUUUUCCUCUUUUCCCUUCCCUGAGACCGAGUUCUGUUUGUGAUGCCAGGCCUGAAAGUGCCUUUUAGGCUCAAGGUAUCGCUAGUCAUAUUAUACUUUUUUUAAAUACAACUUUUUGUAUUUUGUGUGUUUUAUUGGAGAGCUGGUGUGAAAGAUGGACGGAGAGUGCCCCCACAAAGGCAAAUCAAAUCAAAUCAAAUUGUAUUUGUCACAAUCACGUGUUUAGCAGAUGUUAUUGCGGGUGUAGCGAAAUUCUUGUGCUUCUAGCUCCGACAGUGCAGUAAUAUCUAACAAGUAAUAUCUAACAAUUUCACAACAUAUACCCAAUACACACAAAUCUAAGUCAGGAAUGAAUUAAGAAUAUAUACAUAUAUGGACAAGCGAUAUCCAUAUAGUGGGCUGGAUUCAAACCCACAUUUAUACCAGCAGAUAUGCAUGCUGUAGACGGCGGCACUGACUGAUGGACCGACCAGGUCUCAGUCCAGUGAUAUUUUAAACCAGAUGCUCAGCAGACAUCGACUAGCUCAUACAACUACAAACAUAGGCGUUCUCAUACACUGAAACCUGUCUCCAUACCUGUUGUCUUCAGGAUUGGAAAAUAUGAACAAACAAACAAUGUAUUCAUUCACUUAGGCCAAAGGGCAUUCAGGGACAUUCAUUACAUUUACAUUUUAGUCAUUUAGCAGACGCUCUUAUCCAGAGCGACUUACAGUUAGUGAAUACAUGUUUUUUUAUACUGGCCCCCCGUGGGAAACAAACCCACAACCCUGGCGUUGCAAACGCCAUGCUCUAUCAACUGAGCUACAUCCAUGCCGGCCAUUCCCUCCCCUACCCUGGACGACGCUGGGCCAAUUGUGCACCGCCCAUGAGUCUCCCGGUCGCGGCCGGCUGCGACAGAGCCUGGAUUCGAACCAGGAUCUCUAGUGGCACAGUUAGCACUGCGAUGCAGUGCCUUAGACAUUCACUCAGUUAUGUCUAAUAGUAUUUUGAGAAUUGACAUGAAAGAAAAAUAUUACUGUUAUCUGUCACCACAUGACUAGGUGUGAUGUGAAUCCCAAUUCUGCCCAACAACCGGAUGAUGUUUAUAUUGUGUCUGUUUAGGUGUCAUACCUGCCGUCAAGCAAGGAGCAAACUACAAACGUCAGGAAGCUCCUUGAAGGCCGUAAGGGUCGUUUCGCUGAUCUAGGAUCAGGUGACAGGAGACUGGUGAGUCUGAACACCCUAAAUAAAAAUAAAGACAGCUUGGUUUGAACCUACUAAUUCUGAAAACGGCAGUUGAAAUCAGCAGUGUUGCACUAUAGUAUAAUUUUCUAAUAGAAAUUAUCAACUUAUUCCGUAUAUUGAAUGAUUGCUUGUGAUGGGAUUUUCUCAACUUCUUGUCACAAGAGUUAUUGGUUCCUAAAUGAAAUAGCUGUGCUUGAGAACUGUCCACCUGCCAGGUAUUUGAAGCUUCUUCAGUUGGGUUCCAAUGCACUGGGUUUGAGAUCAACUCAAUGCUGCAGGCCUGUUCACGAGAUAGAGCAUGGUGGAGGGGAAUACCACAUACUAAGGCCAAUUUUGUCAGCAAUGAUUUCUGUAAGGUAAUGUAUGAAUUCCAUGUUUAUUGAUUUAUUUUAUUACGUUUAUUGAUCAGGGACCAUGUAGGCUACCUGUACAAUAAAAACUAAUAUAAAUUACAAAAAUAUCUGUGUAGAUUGAGAACAUGCUUCUUAUUUAUUUUCAUUUCCAGUAUGUGCAGUAAGUCACUGGAACAUUUUAAUUUGACCAUAACCUCUUUUACAGUCACAACGAUGACACAUAGUAUAGGAAAUUAUUAACAGAUUCUCUACCGGUAUCCAUGACCAAUAUCGUCAGAGAUGUAAAUAAAAGGUCCCCACUGCUGUUGUUCGAGAAGCGCUGCUUCGUUUGCUUCUAUGCUAUGUUCUUUUCUUGUCUUUUGCAGACGGAUCACGAUACAACAACGUGACUGUAUUUUUGGCCCCUGCAGUGGUAAGUUUCACUUUUCUUUAAAGCCUGGUGGACCACAAGACUCAAACCUGUUCAACCCUGUUCACUGAAGUAAAGUCUUACUUGUGGGCCGGUAUUACCUCUCAACCCACGUAGCAUAGUAUCUAAUUCCCUUUCUGUGCCGUUGCUGUCUGACAGAUGGAAGUUCUAAAGGAGAAGCUGCUGAAGGAGCUUUCUGAGGAUGCCAGGGUGGUGGUGUGUUGCUUCCCCUUCCCUCAUUGGCCACACACCUGCUCCAAGAGGGCGUGUUUAGACCAAGUGUGGGCCUAUGAUGUAAGCACUGUCCGCAAGCCCUAUCCUUCG